AUGAUCAUAAGGCUUCUGUUGGCUAACAGUCAAAUGGCUCCUACGAAAUGUAUUCUCUUUGUUAGAGAACAUAGAAGAAAGGAUAAAGAGGGAAAUGGAGCAACAAAAAGUAUCAGAUUGGCAAUAGUCUGUGUAGAUGAAAAAGAAUACAGUGGAGAUGAUUGCAGUUCUGGCAGCGGUGAUGAAGAUGCUUGUUUUACUCCUUCACCUGAUUCUCCCAUAUCAAAUGUCACUAUUAAUGAGAAAGUUCCCUUUUACUGCCAACAAGAUUUAAUGUGGGAAAAUAACAGUUUAACAAUGUGUGAAAAUAAACGGAAACAAGAAAAUGAUGCAUAUUGCUCGGUGAUGGGGCUUGCCUUCAAACACCUGAGAUCUCUCUGUGCAAAUGACACACCUACUGAAACUUCAUUGAAAAGCUUGGUCAAUUCCUUUGAAGACAUCACUAACAGCUCUUCCCUCUGGGGUAUUGAAGGAAAGAAACAAAUUUUAACAACUUUCUCCUUGUUAACGGAAGGAAUAAGCUCAGCUGUCCUAUCAUUAACUCUUGCAAACGGAGAACCACAGAAUGUGGAUCAAGAUUCCAUGGAGAUCCAAACAAAACUCAUCAGUCCAGAAUCUUUUAAAAAGAAUGAAGCACUCAAGUUAAAAGCUAAAGGAGAUCAAAUGGCCAUCCACCCAAGAGCAGUGACUGCCAUGAUCACAGAUCUAAUUGCUGUGGCUUUUAUAUCAUAUGGUGGGCUUGAAUCACUCCUAGGAGAGACUUUACUGUGGAAUGGAACAUUCCUGAACUUUAGGUUGGUAAGCGUUUCUGCCAUGAGCAAGAUACGAAAUAUUUCUACUCCGGUCAAUCUCACUUUUCAGCAUCUCAAGAAUAAAGUUGCCCAGGAAAAGGUUCUCUGUGUCCACUUGAACUCCGGUGCUUUGUCCGAUCGUGGUUGCCAACAGCUCUUUUCUAACAUCACCCAUACAGAAUGUAGCUGUCAACAUUUCUCCAGUUUUGCUGUACUGAUGGCCACAGUUCAUAAACAAGGAGAUCUGAUCCUCACCCUUAUUAGCUACCUUGGGUUGUCCAUCUCAGUCAUCUGCCUCUUCCUGUGUAUUGUCACAUUCCUCUUCUGCCGCUCCAGCCACAACAACAGCACCUUUAUCCACCUACAAUUGAGCUUCUGUCUGUUUUUUGCAGACCUCCUCUUCAUAAUUGGAAUAGAUAAAACAGGCAACAAGAUCCUGUGUUCGGUCAUAGCUGGAAUGCUGAAGUAUCUUUUUUUGGCCUGCUUUGUCUGGAUGUUCUUGGAAGGUGUCAAUCUCUACCUCAUUGUCAGAAACUUGAAAGUUGCAAAUUACAGCGGGGCCAGCAAGUAUAUGAAGAUAUGCAUGUCCCUCAUUGGUUAUGGGUUUCCUGUCCUGAUCGUAGCUAUUUCUGCAGCAAUUAACCCUGGAGCCUUUGGGACACUUUAUAGCUGCUGGCUUAACCCAGAUUUUAUCUGGAGCUUUACAGGACCGGUCUGUGUGAUAAUUGUGGUCAACCUGGUGUUUUUCUGUCUUAUUCUGAAGACUUUGCAUGAAAAACUGGUCUCUCCAAAUUCACAGACAUCUACAGUCAGAAAUACCAGAUCACUGAUGUUUAAGGCUAUAGCCCAUGUGUUCAUCCUGGGUGUGACUUGGUGUUUUGGCCUCUUUCAAUAUGGCUCUUUGAAAGAUGUUAUGGCAUACAUAUUCACCAUCUUCAACAGUGCACAGGGAAUCUUCAUCUUCCUGGUACACUGCUUACUCAACCAAAAGGUGAGAGAAGCUUACUGGCAUUGGAUUUAUUGCAAGAAAGACAUCAGACCCCCUGUUUCUGAGAUAACUAUGACCUCUGUUCCCAUCAGCAACCCUUUGGUAAGACAGAUGUGAGACUGGUAGAUUUAACCAAACUUACCGUGCUAGGGUUAACCUGCCUCUGGUGGCCAAUACAGGCAGGUUCUAUAUGUCCAGGACAUCAGUAGAGUCAUUUUUCCAACCCAGUUCAUUCUCACAAUGUAAACACCAUCUAUUCACAAACAGCAGGCAGUGGAAGAAAGCUGGAUUGUCUUGGACUGACUACAUGAAUUCCUGAAAUACUACUUCUAGGUCUUCUCUUCCUCUUUUGGUGCUGUGCCAGAGAAAUUCGGAAAUACAGGCAGUCAUUGUUUAGCAACCACAAUUUAUACUGGCAACUCAGUUGUUAAGUGAUGUGGUCACUAAGUGAAACUGCAACUGUGUUUACAAUCUUAUUUCAGCCUUUUGUUGCUUUACAGACCUGCAAAGGUUAUCAAUAUAAGGAUUUGUUGCAAAGUUACUUUUUCAUCACCAUCGUAACUGCAAGCAGUUGCUAAAGGAGACAGUCAUUAAAUGAGGGCAGAACUAAUCCAUUAGCUAAAAUAAUAUU